AUAAGAGUAAAAUAAAAUCUUUUGAAUGACGGGAAUCCCCAUCACUGGGGGUUUGUUUUAAAUUUUCCAGGCAGUUAUAACCUUAGUAAUGGCGUAAAUACAAAAACGAGGUGUAAUAACAGCUGGCCGCGUGCAGUAAAAAAUAGAAUGCGCCACAGUAUUGCGAUGGUUUCGGACUUUUUCCACCCUAACGUAGGUGGUGUUGAAAAUCACAUUUACCAGCUAUCCCAAUGCGUUCUUCAACUCGGACACAAGGUUAUUAUCAUCACACAUUCCUAUGAAGAGAGGGUUGGCUUGCACUUUGUAAGUGGUAUGCUCCGGGUUUACUAUUUGCCUCUGUUUGUUGCAUAUAACCAGUGCAUCUUGCCAACGAUAACAGGGACACUACCAAUGAUAAGGACGAUAUUGCUGAAUGAAGAAAUCACAAUCGUCCACGGACAUUCGUCUUUCUCAAUACUUGCUCACGAAACAAUGUUCCACGCGAAAACUCUUGGAAUUCGAACUGUUUUCACUGACCAUUCUUUAUUCGGCUUCGCUGACACAAGUUCGAUUGUAACAAACAAGAUUCUCGAACUCUUUUUAACUGACAUUAACUUUGCCAUAUGUGUUUCCCAUACCAGCAAGGAAAAUACUGUGCUGCGGGCAAACUUAGACCCCAAGGAUGUUUUUGUGAUCCCAAAUGCAAUUGAUCCGUCGGAAUUUAUCCCCAGAGAAGAAAACCGAGGAAAAAGAUUGCUUAUUGUUGUAAUGAGCAGACUGGUGUAUAGAAAAGGAAUAGAUUUUCUUGCCGAGAUAAUUCCUGCUGUAUGUAAGAAAUUUGAUGAUGUUGAUUUCCUUAUUGGUGGUGAUGGUCCCAAGCGUUUGCUCAUUGAGGAAACAAGGGAACAAUUUCGUCUCCAUAGCAGAGUUACACUUCUUGGAUCAGUUCCUCAUGAAAAAGUUCCGAACAUUCUUAACAAAGGUCAUAUAUUUCUUAAUACCUCUUUAACUGAAGCGUUUUGUAUGGCAAUUGUUGAAGCUGCUUGCUGUGGAUUACAAGUUGUGAGUACAAGUGUUGGUGGAAUUCCUGAAGUGUUACCAUCCGAUCUCAUCCAUCUUGCUGAACCUCGUGUUGAUUCAUUGCUACAAGCGUUGUAUGAUGUCAUAGUGAAGGUGAAACAGAAGCAAGUACCAACCAGGGAAGAAAUGCAUCUUAGGGUUGCACCUUUAUAUACAUGGCCCAAGGUAGCCAAACGAACUGAAAAAGUUUACAAUGCAGCAGCUUUCCGACCAAAACCUCAACUUAGCAACAGAAUUCACAAAUUUUAUAGAUGUGGACCAGUUAUUGGGAGAAUCUGCAUUCUUUUUAUCCUAUUCAAUCACUUUCUGUGUUGUUUACUUAACUUGUGUCGACCGAUUAAAACAAAACAACGAAAUAAUGGAUAUUUAAAGCAAAAGAAGAAGUCAAGUUGAUAUAGUUAUUGUUAAAACUAUCAUGCAGUUGUUUUUAGUACUUGGAAAUUAUUUUAUAAAGUGAUAUAUUAAGCAUAUUGUUUAGGGAAAAUGCCAUAAUAAACGAAGUGUAUCACUGUGUAUUCUA